CUCUGUCCCGUUGCCCAAACAAGCUUUUCCUCUCUGCCCGCUCUCCACUUCACAAAUAGAAACGGAAAACGCAAAAGAGAAAGAACAAUACGACCAGCAGUUCAGCACAGCUUCGGCCUUAGGGUUACAAUCACAACAGUGCUCUUCCGUCCCGAUUCUCCAAUCCCUCUCGUCGGUUCAUUCUGAAUUGAUCUCCAACUCUGCCGCCGGUAGGAACUUUUCUUCGCCAUAUUCAGAUGGCAGCUAGAAAGCUUGUCCGCGACCUGCUCCUGGCCAGGCAGCCACUCCUCGUCCAACGCAAGCCCGCUGAGGGUUUAUAUACGACGUCAAGGUUGCUGGUGGACAGUAGGUGGUCAGGUUACCGGAGGUUUGGUGUCUUCAAUAAUGUUAAAGAAGAAGUUAAUAGAAAUCCAGAGCUUCAGAAGUCAGUUAAGGAAUUGAAGGAGAAAGCUAAGGAAUUGAAGGAGAAAGCUGGGGAACUUAAAGGCGUUAAAGAUGACCUGAGAGUUAGAACGAAGCAGACCACUGAGAAGCUGUACAAGCAUGUUGACGGCGUCUGGACAGAGGCUGAAGCAACUGCUAAGAAGGUUUCCUCAAGCGUCAAGGAAAAGAUUUCUGCUGCUACGGAUGAGGUGAAAGGAGCUUUCAAGAUGGGGAAGCAAGAGUCUGCUGAGUCCACCGGCACUUCGUCUAAAGAUGGUCCUGAUACAAAAGAAAACACUACCGGUGAAACUGGUGGAGAAACAAACAAAGGUUCUGAGACAAAGGGAUCGGCAGAAACAUUGUUUGGAAAAUUUAAGUCAAGAAUCCCUGCUUUUUCAUCGGCUUUCCAAAAAUUGAAGGAGGCAAAGGUCACUGAAAUAAUGAAGAAGGGAUAUGACAUUGUGAAGGAUGAGUUAAAUGGUAAUCCAAAUGCAAGAAAGCACCUCGAGUUUACCCCUUUUAAAGGAGAAAUAAGCACAAAAACUGAUGUUGUUCCAAUGUCGAGCCCAAAGCAGUCUCGCUUGAAUGAAAAGUGGCAGGCUUUCAGAAAAAAGAUGCAAGGCAAUCCUGUUUUCAAGCGUUUCUCUGGGAUUAGUGAACCUGUUGUGACGAAGAGUCAAGAGCUUGCAGAAGACAUGCGGGAAAGAUGGGAGACAAGUGAUAAUCCCAUUGUUCACAAAAUCCAAGAUGUUGGUGAUACCAUCUUUCAUGAAACAGAUGCUGCAGCAUCUAUCAAGGAAAUACGCCGGCGUGAUCCAUCAUUCUCUUUGCCAGACUUUGUGUCGGAGGUUCAAGAUGCCAUAAGACCUGUCCUUACAGCUUACAUGAAGGGAGACACUGAAGCUUUGAAGAAGUAUUGCAGCCCAGAAGUAAUUGCUAGGUGCGAAGGAGAGCGUAAAGCUUUCACGAGCAAUGGCAUCUUCUUCGAUAAUAGGCUUCUUCAUGUAUCUGAGGUGGAAGUACGAGAGACCAAAAUGAUGGGAACAUCUCCGAUAAUAAUUGUAGCGUUUCAAACGCAGCAGAUCCAUUGCAUACGGGAUCGUAAUGGUGAAAUAACUGAAGGAGGCCAGGUAAACUUUUUCUGAUGGCCGUAAUGUUAUCACCUUGAUUCACGUGCUUCAAGUAGGUUUCCAGUCUAUGAUAAUAAUGUAGAGCACUGAUACUUGUGUCCUUUCUCUUUUUAUGGUUGUCAGGACACAAUCCACACUGUGUAUUAUGCAUGGGCAAUGCAACAAGUAGAGCCACAAGAAUUGGGAGAAGGUGCUAUCUACCCAAUAUGGAGGUUAAGGGAAAUGCACCAGCUUGGUGUCCAAGCUCUUAUCUAAAAUCUCAACCCUAUUUGAUUGCUUUCUUGAUACGAACACACACAUACAUGGGUCGAAGCACCGGAGGACUCGGGUGUAGUUUUGAUCAAUCAUCAAUUUGUUUGUUACCUUUGUUAUAGACUUUUAGUUCACCUGGAUAACGAGAUCCUAGAUCUUGAAUGCCAUUUUUCCUUGCGGAUGUUGAGCUCUCAUUCUGUUGUGUUUCUGCUUUUAGGAUUGCCUAGAAUGAUACAGAUUCCAUUGUGUACCGAUACAUUAGACUUUCGUCCAAAAAUAAUGGUGAGUUACGUAUAAUAAUGAUUCAAAGAUUGAACCUUCACAAUAUACAAUGAGGAUGUCC